AUGCACAUCUCAAAGACAACAUCCAAUGGAAAGAAAAAGCAACAUCAUGUCAACAUUUGUAUACCCAAAGAAGUUGUUGUUGAGAUAUUACAAAGAGUACCUGGCCAAGAUUUGUAUCAAACUUUAAAGGAAGUAUGCAUGCUGUGGUGUUCAAUCAUCUAUAGUGGAAGGUUUGCUUACUCACACGUUGAACGCGGAAUAUUAAAAUCUUCAUCAUCAUUCUCUCAACUGGAAGCAGUUAUUGUUAGCAUGACUGAUGAUAAGCGUUCUGUCAUAGUUUCUGCAUUGGAAUGGCAUAGUCUUCCAGCCUCUGCACUCGAAGAAGAACAUGAAAGAUAUUUGGAGACUAAAUACAUAUAUACAGCAAAUGAUAUAUUGAUCAGCACCAUACAUAGAAUGAGGGAAAUGAUGAGGGUGAAUUCCGUGAAUGGUUUUGUCUGUUUCUGUAGCGAUGACGCUUGUCUCCAUGUCUGCAGUCCCAUCACUACAGAGUAUUUCACGACUCCACCAUAUUCUUAUAAUACUAAUAAUGCAUUCUUUCGGUUUGCUGCAGUUGGCUUUGGAUUUUGCGAGCUUUCAUAUGAAUACAAGGUGAUUGUUCUUUAUAGAGAUGCAGAAUGUCUAAAAUCUGGUGUAAUUCAACCAUUUGUUUUAACUGUUGGAGCUGAUGUCGUGGAGGUCUCUGAAAGCAAUUCCUGA